GGAACGCUAGGAAGAGCACGGCAUUUAUCUAUCGAUGAAUGAAGCGGACGCAAGAACUUCAUUCAUUUACGUUUCUGUCAAAUCCCUGGAGUUACAGUCAAGUAUUCCAGGUUAGCUUGCUCUGAACUGUGUGGAUGUUUGUUAGUCUUGGUUGAAACUGCAGCAGGUGUGUGCACAAAGGUCUGUGGGUGCGCUCCAGUGUCGUGCAUGUUCGUGAAGAGCCCGUAUAAGCCAUGUCUGUGUCAGUGAUCAUAAAGUGGGGAGGGCAGGAGUACUCCAUCAGUUCUCUUUCUGAGGAGGAUACUGUGAUGGACCUGAAACAGUCUAUCAAGAGUCUGACUGGGGUGUUACCAGAGAGACAGAAACUACUGGGACUAAAGAUAAAAGGUAAACCUGCAGAGGAUGAGGUUAAGCUGGGUUCUUUGAAACUAAAGCCUAAUACCAAAAUUAUGAUGAUGGGUACCAGAGAAGAAAGCCUGGAAGAUGUUUUAGCUCCUCCCCCAGACAAUGACGACGUUGUAAAUGAUUUUGACAUUGAGGAGGAAGUCAUAGAGGUAGAGAACAGAGAGGAGAAUCUUGCUAAAAUAGCUCGCAGAGUCAAAGACUAUAAAGUCGAGGAGCUGAAUCCUCCCAGAGAAGGCAAGAGGCUCCUGGUGUUGGAUGUGGACUACACUCUGUUUGAUCACAAGUCUUGUGCCGAAACGGGUCAGGAGCUGAUGAGACCAUUCCUUCAUGAGUUUCUCACAUCUGCCUAUGAGGAUUACGACAUUGUCAUUUGGUCUGCUACAAGUAUGAAGUGGAUUGAGGCCAAGAUGAAAGAGUUGGGAGUGACGGAUAACCCAAGUUACAAGAUCACAUUCAUGUUGGACAGCGGAGCCAUGAUCACAGUACACACCCCGAAGAGAGGGGUGGUGGAGGUGAAGCCUUUAGGUGUGAUCUGGGGAAAGUAUGGGGAGUUUUACAACAGAAAGAACACCAUCAUGUUUGAUGACAUCGGACGAAAUUUUCUCAUGAAUCCACAGAAUGGACUAAAGAUCCGACCCUUCAUGAAGGCCCAUCUCAACAGGGAGAAGGACAGAGAGCUCUCUAAACUGGCUCAGUACCUGAAAGAAAUCGCCAAACUUGAAGACUUCAGUGGACUUAAUCAUAAACAUUGGGAGAGGUACUUAUCCAAGAAGCAGCAGCACUGAGGAAAGAGUCAACUAUCCACAAACACUUGGGCUAGAAACAACAACCCCAUCUUUUAGUUAUACCCAACACACACACACACGCACGCACACACGCACACCCACCCACGCACGCACGCACACACACACACACACACACACACACACACACACACACACACACACACACACCCAAAUCCGUCUCUCCUAAUAACCUUGUUGGAUUUAGACCAUCAAUUAACCCAUAAUGUUGCAGACACCAACACUGUUACUCCCAGAGCUAGCUUCCUUCCUCCUUUAUAUAUUUGCAUGGUCUUCUUGGUCUGAAUAUUUUCUUUGCUUUUAUUGCUGUGACAAACUCCAGACUGACUAUCAGCUGAUGAUAGAUGGCUAUAACACUCAGUCAAGUUCACAGUGGCCUACAGAUUUCUACAAUUGUUUACAUCUGUUUUGUCACAUGAAUGUCGGAGGAAAUUAAGGGUGAUGUUCUCUGUUUUCAGGAAGCUCAAAUAUCACAUCUCAUAACAGGUAUUGAAGUGUUUUCAGCGUGCAGGGAGUCAGUUGGUUUAGCGGCUAUUAGUGUUUGUUGCAUAUCUAAAAAAUCUCUUGGUUGUAAUGAAGAACCUUGGUUGGUUUGUUUGUACCUGUUUCUUUUUUUUUUUAGAGCAGUGGUCCAAACCAAAAGCAGAUUUGAUCACUGCUUUACAACAAUAUGCAAUAACCAUUAAAACUACUGUGAGAUAAAAAAUAAUAUUCAUAACAUUUUGACACUGGUUACAUCACUGACCAUUACAAUGGACUUCAAUGCAUGUUUUGCUAUAAUAUGAGUUAAGUGUGCAGCGCUGGUGAAGGCUGGAUGGGUGUUGAUGUGUAUUUGCCCAAAAAUGUGUUUGUUCUGUUUUUGUUUUGGGUGUCUUUUUGUGUGCAAUUUGUACAGGAGCACUUUAAAACACUCAUUCAAAAAAGGAUCAGUUGCUUUUGUUUUUUCUGGUAUCAAAAGUUUUUACCAAACAGUGUAAGUCUAAUUUAGACUAUUUCAGUUGUUACCAAAUUUCAUUUUAAGUUAUAGACAAAGAUGUAGUUUAUUAUUUCAUGUGAUGAUGUCAUUGUCUGACUUUUUGUUUUCUUAUGAACUUUCUGUAAA